GGCAAGAUGGCUGCUGAGCUUGGCGUGCGGGUUGUCUGGCCCGGGCCUGAAGCCGUAUUGGGCAAGCUGGUGCGAGCCUUCCUGCUGCUCCUGUAUUUUGCGGCUCGCAGCAGCGCGCUCUACUUCCACAUUGGAGAGACAGAGAAGAAAUGCUUCAUUGAGGAGAUUCCGGACGAGACCAUGGUCAUAGGAAACUACCGGACGCAGCUGUAUGACAAGCAGAGGGAGGAAUACCAGCCGGCCACCCCCGGCCUUGGCAUGUUCGUGGAAGUCAAGGACCCCGAAGACAAGGUCAUCCUGGCCCGGCAGUAUGGCUCUGAGGGCAGGUUCACUUUCACUUCUCAUACCCCUGGUGAGCACCAGAUCUGUCUUCACUCAAAUUCCACCAAGUUCUCCCUCUUUGCUGGAGGCAUGCUGAGAGUUCACCUGGAUAUUCAGGUGGGUGAACAUGCCAAUGACUAUGCUGAAAUUGCUGCCAAAGACAAACUGAGUGAGUUGCAGCUACGUGUGAGACAGCUGGUGGAACAAGUGGAACAGAUCCAGAAAGAGCAGAACUACCAGCGGUGGCGGGAGGAGCGCUUCCGGCAGACCAGCGAGAGCACUAACCAGCGGGUGUUGUGGUGGUCCAUCCUGCAGACCCUCAUCCUUGUGGCCAUUGGAGUCUGGCAAAUGCGGCACCUCAAGAGUUUCUUUGAAGCCAAGAAGCUUGUGUAGUCACCGCAGGCCUUACAGCCAGACUUGGGGAGAACAGACUGCUUCGAACUGUUUACUCUCUGGCAGGA